UUACAAUCAUCAAAACGCGAUGUCGUGGCAUCUAUUCAUACUUGUGACAUUAUUGCAGCGCGUGUACAUUUUUUCCGUCGUUCUUUCAGGAUUCCAUAUCUUCGACGUUAAAAAUCUAAUACGAGGACAUGUCUGGCAAAAUGGUCGUGGAUGAACCAAAGGUUCCACCCAAGAAAUUCACAGUCGAGAACAAUGUCUACAAGGGAGAGGUGGUGCCUCUUUCGAGCGAUUACAAGGGCCUCGGAGAACUGAUAUGGAAGAGCAUCAACAAAUACAAAAAUAAAAUCGCGCAAGUGGACGCGCAAACAGACAAAGUAGUCACAUACGCGGAACUGCAAAAUAAAGUUGUGAGAUGCGCAUUAUGGCUUCAGGAGCAUGGAAUUAAAUCCGGCGACGUUAUCAGUAUAUGCUCAAAAAAUACUAUCGAUUCCAUUGUACCCUGCUUGGCGGCCACUUACAUUAAUGCGAUCUUCAAUCCGUGGAACGAGGAUAUGAACUUGCACACGGCGUAUCACGUACUGGAGCAGACGAUGCCGAAAGUGAUUUUCUGCACGAAAAAACCUGUGGACAUAAUCUUGACUGCGAUGAAGGACAAGAACUGCAGCCCUAUCGUGGUGGUGUACGGCGAUCAUCCCAGCACGAUUCCGUUCUCCGACGUGUUGAGCGGUUACAGCGAUGCACAUUUGGCGAAUUUUCGGUAUCUCGAGCUCAAUGAUAUCAAGACUACAGCCUGCAUCAUGCAUACGUCAGGUACCACAGGGAUGCCGAAGAGUGCCGAGCUCUCCAACUACAGCUUGCUAAUAUCAGUCCAAGACGACAACAAGUCCGACGAAAUAUCACUGUGGUUCUCCUCUCUCUAUUGGAUCACUGGGGUGGUGAUGAACAUAAAAUCGAUCACUAAGGGCGUCAAAGUGAUCAUCUACCCACAUUUCGACGAGGAGAUGACCUGUCAGCUAAUAGAGAAAUACAAGGUAGAAUGGUUGUUCUUGGGUACUAGCAUGAUCAACCGUUUCUUAAAGGCCGGAUUUUCCACAAAAUAUCCACUAUCAUCUCUAAAAGUUAUACUUUGCGGCGGAGCGAUUCUCAAAGCGAAAACACAGGAGGAAUUAAAACGUGUUUUAUCGCAUGUUCCAAUACUGCAAAUUUAUGGAAUGACGGAAGCUGGUGGGCUAACUACGAUGCAGUUCCCAUGGCACAAGAUGGGAUCUUGUGGCACAGUAAUACCAAACUACGAAAUAAAAAUUGUGGAUCUGGACAACGGGGAGACUUUGGGCCCGAAUCAGACAGGAGAGAUAUUUAUAAAAUCUGCAAUCACAAUGACCGGUUACUACAGGAAUCCCGAAACAACGAAAGAAAUGUUUGAUGCGGAAGGGUGGUUGCAUUCGGGUGAUAUCGGUUACAUCGACGCGGACGGCGAGCUGUACGUUACGGACAGGCUGAAGUACAUCAUGAAAUAUAGAGAAUAUCAAAUCUCGCCUGCAGAGAUCGAAGUCUUGUUGCACACACAUCCGGGAGUGCUGGAGGUCGCGGUAAUGGGAGUGCCUCAUCCAAUCGACGAUGAACAUCCGGUUGCAUUCGUCUCCAUUAAACCCGGGUUUACGGUGGACGCGCAAACAGACAAAGUAGUCACAUACGCGGAACUGCAAAAUAAAGUUGUGAGAUGCGCAUUAUGGCUUCAGGAGCAUGGAAUUAAAUCCGGCGACGUUAUCAGUAUAUGCUCAAAAAAUACUAUCGAUUCCAUUGUACCCUGCUUGGCGGCCACUUACAUUAAUGCGAUCUUCAAUCCGUGGAACGAGGAUAUGAACUUGCACACGGCGCAUCACGUACUGGAGCAGACGAUGCCGAAAGUGAUUUUCUGCACGAAAAAACCUGUGGACAUAAUCUUGACUGCGAUGAAGGACAAGAAUUGCAGUCCUAUCGUGGUGGUGUACGGCGAUCAUCCCAGCACGAUUCCGUUCUCCGACGUGUUGAGCGGUUACAGCGAUGCACAUUUGGCGAAUUUUCGGUAUCUCGAGCUCAAUGAUAUCAAGACUACAGCCUGCAUCAUGCAUACGUCAGGUACCACAGGGAUGCCGAAGAGUGCCGAGUUCUCCAACUACAGCUUACUCCUAGCGGUACAAGACGACAACAAGGCCACGGAAAUAGUACUGUGGUUCUCCUCUCUCUACUGGAUCAGUGGAAUGGUGAUGAACAUAAAUUCGAUCACUAAGGGCGUCAAAGUGAUCAUCUAUCCGGAUUUCGACGAGGAAAUGACCUGUCAGCUAAUAGAGAAGUACAAGGUAGAAUGGUUGUUCUUGGAUACUAGCAUGAUCAGCCGUUUCUUAAAGGCCGGAUUUGCGACAAAAUAUCCGCUAUCGUCUCUAAAAGUUUUACUUUCCGGCGGAGCGAUUCUCACAGCGAAAACACAGGAGGAAUUGAAACGUGUUUUACCGCAUGUUCCAAUACUACAAAUUUAUGGAAUGACAGAAGCUUGUGGGCUAACUACGAUGCAGUUCCCAUGGCACAAGAUGGGAUCUUGUGGGACAGUAAUACCAAACUAUGAAAUAAAAAUCGUGGAUCUGGACAACGGGGAGACUUUGGGCCCGAAUCAGACAGGAGAGAUAUUUAUAAGAUCUGCAAUCACAAUGACCGGUUACUACAGGAAUCCCGAAGCAACGAAAGAGAUGUUUGACGAGGAGGACGCGCAAACAGACAAAGUAGUCACAUACGCGGAACUGCAAAAUAAAGUUGUGAGAUGCGCAUUAUGGCUUCAGGAGCAUGGAAUCAAAUCUGGCGACGUUAUCAGCAUAUGCUCGAAUAAUCAUCUCGAUUCCAUCGUACCCUACUUGGCGGCCACUUACAUUAAUGCGAUCUUCAAUGGGUGGUACGAGAAGAUGGACUUGAAUACGGCGCGUCACGUGCUGGAGCAGACGAUGCCGAAAGUGAUUUUCUGCACGAAAGAACCUGUGGAUUUGAUCUUGACGGCGAUUAAGGACAAGAACUGUAGUCCUAUCGUGGUGGUGUACGGCGACUACCCUGGCACGAUUCCGUUCUCCAAAGUGUUGAGCGGCUAUAGCGACUCACAGAUGGCGAAUUUUCGGUAUCUCGAGCUCGAUGACAUCAAGAAAACAGCCUGCAUCAUGCAUACGUCGGGGCAUACCACGGGAAUGCCGAAGAGUGUCGAGUUAUCCAACUACUGUUGGCUAAUGUCAGUCCAAGACGACAACGCCGACGAAGUUGUACUGUGGUGCGCGUCCCUCUACUGGAUCACUGGGGUGGUGAUGAACAUAAAAGCGAUCACUACAGGCGUGAAAGUGAUCAUCUACCCAUAUUACGACGCGGAGAUGAUCUGCCAGCUGAUCGAGAAGUACAAGGUAAAUUGGUUGUCCUUCGGUACCGGCGCAACCAACUAUUUCUUACAGUCAGGAGUUACGACGAAAUAUCCGUUAUCCUCUCUACAAGGUAUAGUUUGCGGUGGCGCGAUUCUCAAAGCGAAAACACAGGAAGAAUGGAAACGUGUUUUACCGCAUAUUCAUAUAUUACAAGCUUAUGGAUUGAUAGAAGUUGCCGGGAUGAUUACGUUGCAAUUGCCUUGGCACAAGAUCGGAUCUUGUGGGACAGUAACACAAAAUGGCGAACUAAAAAUCAUAGAUCCGGACAAUGGAAAGACUUUGGGCCCGAAUCAGACGGGAGAGAUAUGCAUAAAAUCGGCAACCAUAAUGAACGGUUACUACAGGAAUCCCAAAGCAACGAAACAAGUGUUUGAUGCGGAAGGGUGGUUGCAUUCGGGUGACGUCGGUUACAUCGAUGCGGACGGCGAGUUGUAUAUCGUGGACAAGCUAAAAGAUCUCAUCAAGUAUAGAGGAGUCCAAGUCUCAUCUGCGGAAAUCGAAAUCUUGUUGCACACGCAUCCGGGAGUGCUGGAGGUCGCGGUAAUGGGAGUGCCUCAUCCAACUGACGAUGAACAUCCGGUUGCAUACGUCACCAUUAAACCUGGGUUUACGGUAACGGAGAAAGAGUUAGUCGACUUGGUGGCGAAGAACAUGACAGACGCUUUCAGGCUGCGUGCUGGAGUAGUGUUCUUGGACACUUUCCCACACCUCGGUUGUGGGAGACUCGCGAAGAACGAGUUGAAAGCAAUGGCUAAGAAACUGGCCGUGAAAGAGGCUGAUGAUUAAAAGAUCGCCAGCUUCUAUCAACUUCUAUCAUGUAUUUUUUUAUGGGGCUAUGCAGGGCACAAUUUUAUGGAUGCAGAGGGCACAAUGUUAUGGGUACAUAGUAUUACACAAGCAACCACCUCGCCUAUAUCACAUGGAAUUAUAGGUGGAGUAAGUAGACAAGAUUGUUUUAUAUUAUACAUAAUAUUCUUUAGAAAAUGUCACAUGUUAUUUUUAGUAAAUCAAAUAUAAUUCCAAUAUGUUAGGACAAAUAA